AUGAGCAACGAAACUGAACAGCACGGCAGUAUCCGAAGCAGGAGCGAAACUCCUCCGCAGGUGUCUCCAUAUGAAUUUACAAAGACAGGUAUUAUUGGUGAUCAACGUGAAACAAUGCUUCAAAGUGAACUUCAAAUUUUACCAGAAUUAGGUAAAACUCGUCGUCGAGGUCAUAAAUUACCUCCACAAAGUUUUACAUAUGGCAUAACUAUGCCUCGACGUGAUGGUGGUGUAGGUGAAGCACUGUGUCAUGGACCUGAAAAAGAACGUGAAACUAAUCCUGAUUUUGAAUUUGUACGUGAUUAUUCAGCUUUAAAUAAAGCAGCACUUGAAGCCGGCAUGACAACAGCUAAAGAUCAAUCACGUUUUAGAACCGUACAUGAUAUUAAAAAGAAAGUUUUCAUUCGUGAUGUAUCACUUGCUAAAAAAACACAUAAGUUUCCUGAUGAUAUGGUAUUCGGUACACCAAAUAGACCAUCGACACCUAUAGUCGAAGUUUUACAAAAUCGUUUUCUUGAUAAUUGGCUUGAAACAAUGGAAAAAAAGCAAACUACACUUAAAAAAGAACGAACUGAUGCUGCGAAUGCUUUUAAAGGAAGUUAUCAUACAAAAGCAUCACUUCUUCGUCAAGCGAAAAUUCCUGUUGAUCCAAAACCAUUAUGGAAAAUGCCAAAAUUUACUCAUGGUGAAAAUCAAGUUGAUUCAUUUCGAACUGAAGCAGAACGUCGUAAAGCAUUUAGUGCUAAUACAUUUGAUUCCAUACCUCGUCAAGGUACAUAUCAUUCAGGAAUUUAUAAUGUUCCACGUACUACUGUCAAAACAUAA